AUGCUGCUGAUUCCGAAGACCAUCAACGACAACACUCUCGGAAAGACUAGUCUUCUGAAGAGUUGUACAACUCCAUCAAUUAAAGUUAUUUUUAUUCUUCUUAUUAUUACAGCAAUAUGUACCAUUGCUCAACCACAACAAAAAAGUAAAACAGCAGAAGAAUGGAUUGAACUUGGAGAUAAAGAUUUUAGAAAUAGAGAUUAUCAACAAGCUAUUUCAAAAUAUACUUCUGCACUUGAAGUUGAAAGAGAAAAUAAGAGAGCCUAUUUAAAAAGAGCAGAAACUUAUCAAUUAUUGAAAAAGUUUAAAUUUGCAUUAUCUGAUGUUGAUUCUUUAAUUAAUAUUCAAUCUGAUCAUACUCAAGCAUUAUCUAUGAAAGGACAAUUAGCCUUAUCACUUGGAUUAUUUGAUCAAUCAGUUUCAGCUUUUAAUUCUUUAUUAAAAUUGAAACCAAGUGAUGAUACUAAGGAAAAAUUGAAAAAAGCCUUAUUAGGUAAAUCAUUAUAUUCUGAAAUUGUUAAAAAUCCAGAAAGUAGUGAUAUUCAAGAAAAGUUUGAUUUAAAUUCUAAUGAAAAUAGUAAGAGAUGUGUACAAGUAAUUACAAAAUUACUUUCAGAAGAAGUUGGAGCAAGAGAAAGCGUUGAUUUAAUAAUUGAACGUGCACAUUGUUCACUUCGAUCAAAAUUAUUACAACUCUUAAUGCAAGAUAUUAAAACUAUUUAUGCUAAAGAUAAUACAAAUGUACAAGCAACAAUACUCUAUUCAAAAUAUUUAUAUUUAUUAGGAGAUAUUGAAACUGCUAAAAAUACUAUUAAAACUAAAUGUUUAAGAGUAGAUCCAGAAAAUAGAAAUUGUAAAGAAUUAUUUAAAUUAUUUAAACAAGCAGAAAGAUUAAAUGAACAAGCAAAUAAUGAUUUCAAUUCUGGAAAUCAUAAUUCUGCAAUUAAACAUUUUAAAGAAUAUAUUGAAUUAAUGGAAAAUGAUGCUAAAUCAAUUUUACCUGGUGUUGAUAUGAUUGAUGUUAAAGUUAAAACAUGUCAAUCAUAUGGUGAAGCACAAGAUCAUACAAAUGCAGAUGAGGGUAUUAAAUUGUGUACAUCAGUUAUUGAUUCAUUAGGUAAUUCAGAUAAUUCUGAAUAUAAAAUGGCAUGUUUAAUUAGUAGAGCUCAAUUACAUGUCACUUUAGAUGAUUUUGAUAAAGCUAAAGCAGAUGCUAAUCAAGUUAGAGAAUCUGAACAUGCUAACAAACAUCAACAAAAGUUACAACAAAUUCUUGGUAGAAUUCAACAACAAGAAAGAAUUAAUUCUCAAAGAGAUCACUAUAAGGCUCUUGGUUUUGAUAGAAAGAAUAAGGAUCAAGUUACAUUAUCAGAUAUUAAGAAAGCCUAUAGAAAAUUAGUUAAAAUCUAUCACCCUGAUAAACAUAAAACUCAAGCAGAUAAAGAUAAGGCUGCUAAAAAGUAUAAGGAAAUUACUGAAGCCUAUGAAGUUUUAAGUGACGAUUCAAAGAGGCAAAGAUAUGAUGCUGGUGAAAAUGAUUUCCAACAUGGUGAUCAAGGUGGUCAUCACGGAGGUUUCCAACAUGGUAAUCCUUUCGGUUCAUUCUUCCAAGAAGGUGGUGGUUUCAGAUUCCACUUUGGAUAAUUCUUUACCAAUAAUACCUUAGUAACUAUUUUGAAUAAACAAAUAAUCUCUUU